AUGUAUAAGUUUGUGUUUUCCAUUGAGGUAGCCACAAAAUUUGAAUCAUUAGGUUAUGUCCACGAUGUUAAACUAAAAAAGAGUCAACUGAAGUAUCAAAACCAAUCUAGAAAAACCCAUUACUCGAACACGGAGCCGUUUAUAUCAAAUGAUGUAUUCAAAGCAAAUUGUGACGCACUUGAACACUUCUUACAAACUAAAAUGGAGGGGAUGACUGAUUAUGAAGUGUACUCCAGCACAAAACGUUUUAUAGAUGGGAUUCAUAAUGAUUUAUCAAUUAUUAAAAAUGAAAACUCAAGGGUCCCAUUUAAGGAGGUAAAUUUUAGAACAAUGUUUAACCAGCAGUUAAUAAAGCCAAUAUCAAGAUUUUUCUCAGAGAUCAUUGCUAAGAGAUGUGAUGGUCUGGUCCAACCUUGCUUCAGCUCAUUAGAAGAAAAAUCAAUCCAUGUAAAGAGAUUUGGUCUUUCAAAGAGUAUUUUCAAGAAACUUAAGUCCUCAGUCUGGGAAAGAAUGAAGAAUACCAACAUGAAAUAUCAAGGUCUGAAAGAUUUAUCUAUCACUUACGAAGGGCCAUUAAAGGUAUCAGAUGAUAAAAUAAGCAUUGAAUUUAAAAACAUCAUUUCAAAUAUAGACAUUCUGAAACCAUAUACUAGAGAUGUAAUCCUUGGACAAGUUAAUCUUUACAUGUUCAAUGGUAGAAGAAAUAAUUAUAUCCUAUCUAAUUUCGAACAAUCAUGGUAUAUUGAGAUAUCAAAUGAUCAACCUGAAACCAGUAUAGUAAGAGUGGGAAAUGGUUCAAAAUUGAAUAAUCAAGAUCUAUAUUUGAAUAACAAAGUGAAAGUUUUACCAAUAGGACUAAGAGCUAGAAGUAAUGAUGAAGGUAUGAAAACACAGUUAUUUUUGGCCAUUAGAAUGUUUGAUUUAUUUGGAAGAUCACUCGAAAAAGACUACACUAGUGGGUUUGAAGGUUAUUAUUCAUUUUCAUUUCAAAAUCAAGCUGAUCGUAAAAAUUGGAUCAAAAUUCAAGAUCAGAUCAUCUACUCCAAAUUUGGAUCAAAGUUAAGUGGUAGUAUUGUUCCUUUGGACUCUGAUGGUGAUAAGGAACCACCAUAUAAGAAAUCUAAGAUUAUUGAUGAGAAAGAUAAACCGGGUAUUGGGGGAGAAGUUUAUGAUUCUGAUGAUGUGGUAUCUUCUUUUGUAAACACAUCAUGGGACCAGUUAUUCAUAUCAUCAUAUGAUUGUAUUGAUCAUUAUAAAACAACAAAAGCUUCAGGUAUUUUCAAAUUAACGUGUGGAGUUAAAGAAUUCAAGGAAAGCAUUCAGACCGCGGAAGUCUUGAUGGAUGAGCGCUGCCAGAAGCAUUCUCAGGUUUUAGUUGAAGGAUAUGAUUUAUUUCAGGAGUACAACUAUUGGUUUAUGAAGGUUUCCCCAUUUGAAGAACUUAAAGUAGCUCCCAAUCAUGGUCAAAUUAACAAAAAUGUGAAAACUAUUAUCAAAAAUCAUCAGCAGAAGUUGAAGAUUUUGGAUAUCAUUCAGGCAUAUAACUCAAAAAACAAAUCUGGAAAAAUAAUUAGAAUUCCUCCAGUUUUAAAAUAUGGCUAUGGAAUGACUAUUAUUAACGAUGAAUACAAACAUCUCGGGCCAUACAUUGCUUUUCAAAUCCCAAAUUCUGAUAUUCUGAGAUACAAACCUUUUGAAAAGAAUCAAGUCGAUGACUUAAGAUCACAAAUUGAAAAGCUUCAUGAACUCAAGAUUCAUCAUAACAAACUUUGUGCUAAAUCAUUGUACUGUAUUGAUGAUAAAUCUUAUAUAAUGGAUUUUAAUGAUGCUACAUUAUUCUCUGAUUGUGAUAAGAAAACAUGCGAAGAUUAUAAAUUCUUGAAUGAACUGAGCAGAAUUGUUGAUAUUCUGAAUCAUUGA